UUCAAGAGCGUUCACCGCAAAUGUUUCCGACCUUGGGUCUUUUUCACAAGCUACCAUGUCCAGAGAAAGCUCACUGCCAGAGGCAGAACUGCCUCUUCAGCCAUAGCCCAGAGGUCACAGAGAUCUCCGUAACGCCGGUGCCAGUAGAGGUCCAGAAGCCUGUUUUGCCGCAGAUAUCCUCGCAACCUGAAUCCAUAGCAUCGAGCUCCAAGACACCGUUUGCGCAGGCAAGGAUUGCUCAUGUCGUGCCAGCCAAAAGGUCUAUGGGCUCGCCGCUGCGGCUGGCAGCCAAUGGCACGCCCCCCACUGAGCCGCCUAGCAAGCUACAGCGUGUUGGCACGCUUCAGAGAUCAAUCGCAGUCCCCACUCUAGCUUACACCUCUGAAGGCGUGCCUUUGCUCAGAGUCAAUGCGGCCGCGUCGCAGGUAGCUGUGCCCGUUCGUCAGACAAUGGUGAAAUCGCUAUGGGAACACUUCAAAGUACUGUACCAGAGCAUUAUCGAUAGGAAUCCGACGCUUCCAGCGGAGCAUGCCCUAGCCCAAGAAGAGGAAGUCUACAAGAAGUCCACGAAACUGACUUACCGGAAUGCUGUGAUCUCUGCUGUUGCAGCUAUAAAGAGACGGCCGCUCCCCGACUCUGCGAGCCAUCCUUCCGUUGGCACAGAAGAAGAAGUCGCAAAACGUGCAGAAGAGCGCAAGAAGCUGCAAUCUCUCAAGAUCAUGCCAAGCAAUCUCGAUCCAUACAUCCUGUCUCCCGAACAAAUGCGGACAUGGGACUACGUCGUCGAGAUCCCGCCGGGCCCGGGUGGCGAGCGACCAAGCGAAGAGGGCGCGGUCAUGAAGUGCGAGCGAUGUGGCCAGCCAUUCAAGGUCAAGCGCAUGGAGGAAGCAGAUGAGUGCGUCUUCCACUGGGGAAAGCCAUUCUCCAGUAAAACAAAUGGCUCGUCUCCAUUCUCUUCUAAGCGACGCGUCUACACUUGCUGCUCAAGGACUACAGAUGAAGAGCCAUGUACGAGAGGACAUCAUGUUUUCUACGAACGUGAUCCCGGGGACCUGCACAAACGCCAUCCCUUCUCUCUCUCACGUCCUGCGAAGGCAGACGAGCCUGACACUUCCCUAGAUAUCGUUGCUCUGGACUGCGAGAUGAUCUACAGCACCGGCGGGAUGCGCGUCGCCCGUGUGUCAGUAGUCGACUCGACAGGCAAAGAAGUGUUUGACGAGUUUAUUCGGAUGGAUGACGGCGUGGAGGUGAUUGACUUCAAUACCCGUUUUUCUGGCAUCACUCCGGAGAACUACGCACAAGCUACACUACCAUUGGCGGAGAUCCGCGAGUCUCUUGAUGCGUACAUCAACGAGAACACCAUCAUUAUAGGACACGCUCUUGAGAACGACCUGAAGACACUGCGGAUGAUCCAUCACAAGUGUGUAGAUACUGCAGUUAUGUUCCCCCAUCCGUCUGGUCCGCCGUACCGACGCGCACUGAGACAUUUGGUCAAGGAGCACCUUGGCAAGACUAUCCAGGCCGGCGGCGGCACUGUGGGGCACAGCUCUGUCGAAGACUCCAUCGCAACCUUGGAUCUCGUCCGUUGGCACAUCCUGCACAGUUCCAAACCUACACCGAACCUUCCUGCUACUCAGUAGCAACUGGCAGUCUCUACAUAUCGCCAGAUACCUGUCUGCAUCUUGCCCCAUGGACUUCAGCUUGUUACAACGUGAUAUGACAUACAUUCCGUAUCAGAGCGAUUUGUACAAGUCAUACGCAGGGAACGAAUUCAGUGUGAGAAAACAGUCCGGUGGGAUUGAACAGCGUUAAGAACGAGGAACGGCCGAUAGUUUGUACGCAUAAGCAAUAGCCACCUACAUAUUGUAGGAGACGGGGCCUGGUGGGCGCACUGCCCUGUUAGCAAGUGCACUGAUGCCUGCUGGUGGGUGAAGUUGGUGUUAUCAUCCGGAAGUACAAGGGCAGAUCGUGUCAUAACAAACCUGCACUUCCUAGUCGAGCCAGCGUGUCCUCGCUAUUUUCCUGCUCCUCUACGCUGUCUGACUGUGUUACCUGAGGAUGUCACGAGUGAGUAAAGGU